AUGAUUCGAUCAAUCGAUGCUCAGUAUCGGAUCAGACAGAUAGAUCCAGAUGUUGCAACAAUGACUGUUAUUCCGGAUGAAAAAGAAGGCAUCAAAAGGUUGUGUGAGGUGCAGCCCAUACAAGAUCGUUUGAUUUAUAUAGCAAUGGACGAGCACAAAAAGCAACUUCUUGAAGACAGGUGGAGACAAAGAAGUUCCAUGGUAAACAGGUGA